AUGGACAACCCAGGAUGGCAUGCAUUCCAGCGCGCGAAGGAUGAAAACCGCUGGAGCACCCCCGUCCGCGGCCCCGAUGGUCGGUUCCAGCCAGUCGAGGAGGUCGGGCCCAUGGCGGAGCCCUUCGUCGGCGGCUUCCUUCCUCCUCCCUCGCCAGCACCCUCGCUCGGCUUCGGACAUGCGCCUCCACCCCUCCCACCGAAGGACCAGAACUGGGCGCGCACCGACGCGCGCAUCCCGAGCAGCGCGAGCUGGUCAGAGCGGUCGCGCUCCGAGUCCACCUACUCCUCCUUCGCGAGUAUGUCCGCCGUCGAGCGGUCCAAGCACCUCCGCGUCGCCCGCAUGUCGCCCUUCCUCCAGUACAUGGCCGGGCCUCUCCUCCGCUAUGACACGACCGACCACACAGGCGUGUGGCGCGGCGCGGCGCUCAUUGUCACUGCGGACGCAGGCUCGGUGUACGAGCCCCUCCCCGCCCUCACAUACACUUGGGACCCGGACGAACGGCCCGCAGCGGUGUCGCAGUCGGGGCUGUCGCGCGCCAUCUCGACGCGCAAGCACGGGCAGUCGUUCGACCUCGGACCCCAUCCCGCCGACCCGCUCUCAAACGUCGCGCCGCAAUCGCCGACCGGGGAGAACGGCGUCCACACGAACGGAUAUUCUUCAACGCUGGAGCUCCGUGAGGUAGAAGGGAAGGAGCUGUACGUGCAUUACGGAAACGGAGGAACGUUCACCUUCUGGCGGUUUAUGAUUGAGAUACCACUUGCUUCGCAUGAGAUGAAGAUCAACUAUACCAUCAAUCACGGCCUCGACCUCCAGUUUUUCGUGCCUGGCCGCAACCAAAACAUGCGCUGGGCGGCGUACUCAUGUAACGGUUUCAGCUCCGGUGUCAACCCAGACGACUUCCGUGGACCCGGCUUUAAAAGCGGCUACGACCCAGUGUGGGUCGACCUGCUCGCGCACCACGCUGAGAAGCCGUUUCACGCGCUGGUAGGUGGCGGAGACCAGCUGUAUUGCGACAGUAUCGUGCGUGAGCCGGAAUUGCAGGAAUGGGUGAACCAGGCGAAGCCUGAGGCGCGUCAGAGCUACGUCCUCACCGAGGAGAUUAGCUUGGCCGUCGACCGGUUCUUCUUCAAUCACUACUGCCAGGCGUUCCGAAGCGGCGCGUUCGCGCGCGCGAACAGUACAAUACCGAUGUUGAACAUGCUCGGUAUGCUCCAACCGAAGAUCGAUGGAUUCGGAAGUUAUCCGGACGACUGGAUGUUAUCACCCAUCUUCAACUAUAUCGGCUCAAGAGGCUACUUCUUUUUCCUCUUGUUUCAGUGCUUUAUUAACGUCGAUAUCGACGGGAAAGAUGACCGCAACCAUCCAUUCAAAUCCCUGAUCAUAGGGCACACUGGGCCAUAUAUCCCAUACCCGUCACAUUCUUUCUUGAGUUACCUCGGUCCCCAUGUACAAAUACUCCUUCUCGACUGCAGAGCGGAACGAAAGAAAGAUCAGGUCUGCAGCCAAGCCGAAUACAGAGCGGUGUUCGCGCGGCUGCAAGAACUUUCUCGGACAGUAGAGCAUCUUAUAGUGCAGACUGGUAUCCCUGUGGCUUAUCCCCGGAUGGUCUUCCUGGAGACAGCGCUCGAGUCCAAGUUCAACCCUCUAGUAACCCUCGGUCGGAGCGGCUCAUUAGGCCUCAGCGGAUUCGUCAACAAGUUCAACGCGGACGCCGAACUUCUCGACGACCUCAACGACCAUUGGACCGCCAAGUCGCAUAAAAAAGAGCGCAACUGGUUCAUCCUCGAGCUGCAGAAGUACGCGCUCGCCGCGCACACACGUAUCAGCAUCGUGUCGGGCGACGUGCACUGUGCGGCAGUCGGUGUGCUCAAGACGAACUCGAGGGGGAAGAAUCGGCCGGAGGUCGAGCCUGCGAUGGACUACCGCUACAUGAUCAAUGUCGUGACGAGUGCUAUCGUGAAUACACCGCCUCCGAACGGUGUGAUCUCGAUGGUAUCGACGUUGGCCACCAAGCAACACAAGACUCUGCAUUACGCUGAAACUGACGAAGCUAUGAUCCCGAUCUUUGAGCGAGAUACCAAUGGCACAGCUCCUAAGAGCAAGUACAUUAUGGGUCGCCGCAACUGGUGCAGUAUCAACUGGGACCCUUCGACGGGUGACCUGAUCUGGGACAUUCGUGUCGAAGUUAUGAAGGGUUAUGGAGAGACCACUGGCUAUGCCGUACGCGCUCCACCACCUCGAUGGCAGUCGUAA